AUGUUCUAUUAUUUAAAAAAAAUUUCGUUUCCUCUUGCUUUGAGUAUCCUUGUAUUAACUCAAGAUGGUAACCAUGAAAAAUCAAAUACUAAAAUAUGCAACCAAAUUAACAGUAUGAGUCACAGAAAUUUUAGAACCUUAGUAGAACUUGAAAGUGAUAUUUCAUCAGUGCAUGUUGGAUUAGAAGAUGAAUAUUACGAACAAGAUGAUUUGUAUGAUAAAAUAAUGAAAUUAUAUACUAAUGAAGAUGAAGAAAUAAAUAUGGAAUUUCGUAGUUGGUUACAAAAAUAUAUGGAAGUUACAAGAGAAAUAAAAGAAAGGUUCAGUCAAAAUGUUCAAUAA